AUGAAGAAGGUGAGAUGGGAAGAGUGUAAGGCUGUGACUCUUGCAAAUGAAAAAAUCCUGGAAGAAGAUACCAGUAAGCCAAUAGAACACAGCCAAGGGAGUUCUCAGAACAACUUGGAGAGAAAGGAACAGAAAAUUGGAUCUGUACAAAGAAAAGAAUCAACAGGAAAGGAAAUUCAGAAAUCCUAUGUGCCAAGGGCACCAUUUCCUCAGAGACUCCUAGGAGGUGAGAAAGAAAGGUCAUAUUCCAAAUUCCUAGAUGUGUUUGCAUCUAUCAGUGUCAUCAUCCCCUUUAUCAAAACUCUCCAACAGAUGCCUAUAUACAUCAAGUGCAUGAAAGAGCUGCUGAACAAGAAAGGAACCUUAAAAGGGGGACAAACUGUGACAAUGAACAAGGAAUGUAGUGCCCUCAUCAAGAAGGACGCGCUCUUAAAGAAUAAAGAUCCAAGGAGCUUUCAUAUUCCCUGUAAGUUGCAAAUCAAUGAGUUGAGAUCCACGGAUGUAAUCAUACAAUUGGCUGAUAAAACUCAGAAGCAGGCUGAAGGAGUAGUCGAAAAUAUGUUGGUGAAAGUGGGAAAUUACUUCCUCCCCAUGGACUUUGUUAUUCUGGACAUGGAGGAAAGUUACCUCCACCCCAUUAUUUUGGGGAGACCAUUUCUAGCCAUUGCUAGAGCACUUAUAGAUGUGGAACAAGGAGACAAACUGUGCUUGGAGGAAAGCAACAGUGAAUCAGCAGCUGAACCCCUGAAACAGUCCUUGAUGAAUAAGCAAGAAUUGCAAGAGAUACAGCCACAAGAAUCAGGAAAAGUAGCUAACAAGGAUCUUCCUAACACAAGAGUCAAUGGAGCAACACUGGAAGAAGAGAAAAGAGAUGUGAAGAAAUUGCCAAGGGGAUGGAGAAACAAGAAGGUUCCUACAGAAUGUUUCUCCCCUGGAGACAAGAUCUCUUCUCAACAGCAAGGGAAACCAAUUGGAGCCAUCUUCGACCCAAUUUCAUCAAUGCCAAAAGCCCAAAUUCAGAUAAUGAAGAUCCAUCGAAGAAAGUGCAAGAAAAUUGUUGAAAGACAGUUUUUGGGUGAAUCAAAGACCUUGCCUCCAAGCUUGAAGUAUGGUUACUUGGGGAGCAAUGACAUAUAUUCAGUAAUCAUCAACACAAGCUUGAGUGAGGAAUAA